AUGGCAGAAGCUACCGCUCCUCCCUCCCCCUCGUCGUCCUCGGACCCGCUCCCCGACACCAUCUUCUCGCCCGUCCACCUCGUCAAGCGCGGCUGGUGCACCGUCGCCAACGACAAGAAGCGCGCACCGGCACCGCACAAGCUCUACUACGAGCUCCACGGCGACGACAAACCCUCGAGCCACCGCCUCGUCUUCAUCAUGGGCCUCAACAACUCGUCGUUCGCCUGGCACCACCAAGUGUCGCACUUUGCCGCCCUGCCCGGCUACGCGGUCCUCGUGUUCGACAACCGCGGCGUCGGCUGGUCCGACACCCCGCUCGGGACGUACUCGACGUCCGAGAUGGCCAAGGACGUCGAGGAGCUGCUCGACUACGUCGGCUGGACCGAGGACAAGUCGCUCAAUGUGGUCGGCGUGUCGAUGGGCGGCAUGCUCGCCCAAGAACUGGCCCUCCUCAUCCCGACCCGCAUUCGCACCCUCCUCCUCACCUCGACCCAGUCGGGCUCGCGCUUCACCCUCCCGCCGUGGAAGGCGGCGAGCAUGUUCCUGCGCCUCAGCUCGGGCACGGUCCGCACCCCGGCGGCCCAGAUCGAGCUCGUCACCAACACGCUUUUUCCCGAGGCGUGGCUCGACGAGGUGGUGCACGAGGAGGGCGAGUUCAAAGGCAAGACGCGCAGGGACCAGGUCGAGGCGGACUUUUUGCGGCGUUACCACAUCGGCCGUCGACAAACGCCUCGAGGGCAGCUUGGACAGAUGGUCGCCGUCAUGAAGCACCGUGUCUCGACUGAGCGCCUCGCCCGACUCGCCGCGUCCGUGCCGCACAUCGCCAUCAUCCACGGCACCGACGACAACCUCAUCCAUGUCGACCGCGCUCACGAGCUCCACAAGGACCUUCCGGGCUCGCGGCUCAAGAUCGUCGAGAACGCCGGGCACGCCUUGCCGAGCCAGAUCAAGAACGACUACAACGCCUGGAUCCAGGAGCACGUCGAGCGGGAAGGCUGAGCCGUCUCGACGAGUCGCUGUACAUACGUGUCCGCCUGCAACGUGGUCGAGUUGUUGUC